AUGCCUCUUAAACUCAAACCAGCUGAAGCCCCACUGUCACCGUUCUCCUGGGAGAAGCUACCAGGAGCGUCCCCGCCGCCAGACUCUGUAGCAUCAUUGCCAUCUCCCCCGACCGCAUGGCUCCCUGCUCGUGACAUGAAGCUCUAUGGAGCCCAUCCGCUCACUUCGACAUCUGACAUUGGUCUCGUCAAGUGCACCGAUUGCGACAAGCCUAUUCUUCGCAGUUUUAUGGCUGAACAUGCAGUAACCUGUGCCACUGUUCGUUCAAGUCCCAAGAAAUCUGCUACGAAAAGCAAAGCGUUCGUUUCGGCAGAUGGAGAUGACUCUAAAAAGGCAUCUAAGAAACGAAAAGCAUCGCCGGAGCCGGCGGACCCGUCUCAGCCUCCCAAGAAGAAGACAAAACCAAUUCCCAAGGUGACCAAGGGACGUCUGAAGGGUCCCGUCGAUUUGGAUCAACAAUGCGGUGUAAUCAACGAUAAGAACCUCCCAUGUUCACGGUCGCUGACAUGCAAGUCUCAUUCCAUGGGUGCAAAGCGGGCGGUCGAGGGACGGUCAAGGAAGUAUGACGAUUUACUGAUUGAAUGGCAACGGAAACACAAUCCCAACUUUGUUGAGCCGGUGAAGAGAGAGACCAAGGCGGAGAAGAAGGAAAAGAAAGAAAAAGAAAAGCUGGAAAAGAAGAAGUUGGCCGAUGAACAAGCCGCAGCUCUUGGGAUCGAUCCAUCGACUGUCAAGAAACAGAAUGCGACAUCCAAAAAGAGCAGUAAGAAGGCAUCUGCUGCUACUGGCAUCAGGGUAGUUGGUGGAGAUGAGGCAAACGAGAAUCUGGACGACCUUGAUUCAGAGGCUGAACUGGAUGAACUGAUUCAUGUGUUCCCUGCGAUGCUGGCAGUUGCCAACACGGGCGUGUCUUUUCCCGCACAACGACAGUCCCGAAAAGCUAUGGCUGAAGAGGAUGACUACGAGGCCUUGCCAGCCAAUGCAGGCUAUAUGGUCAACAUGUUUGCCGGAGCCCUGGCUGGUAUCUCCGAACAUGCAGUCAUGUACCCCAUCGACAGCAUCAAGACACGAAUGCAAGUCUUUUCCGCUUCGCCAGUAGCCAUCUACAGUGGAGUUGGCAAUGCAUUCACGCGUAUAUCUUCCACUGAAGGAAUACGCGCUUUAUGGCGGGGAGUUUCGUCGACUGUUCUUGGAGCAGGGCCUGCCCAUGCAGUCCAUUUUGGAACCCUUGAAGCAGUCAGAGAACUGGCCUCGAAUAUGGGUAGCUCACCCUGGCUAGCAACGUACUUAAUUUCUCAGCUUUGGCUGGCGCAGCAGCCCACUACUGCUGCUGAUGCCCUGAUGAAUCCAUUUGAUGUCAUUAAGCAGCGAAUGCAGGUUCACAAAUCCGAAUUUCGUUCUGUUCUAACGUGUGCACGCGUCGUUUUUCGCAACGAAGGAUUGGCGGCCUUUUACGUUUCUUACCCCACAACACUCGCCAUCUCGAUACCUUUCAACGCCAUCCAGUUUACGGUCUAUGAACAAGUCAAAGACCUGAUGAAUCCGAGACGUACUUAUUCUCCGUCAAGUCACAUUGUUGCAGGUGGAGUUGCGGGGGCAGUUGCAGCCGCUGUUACGACCCCGUUGGAUGUUGCGAAAACACUUCUUCAAACAAGAGGUACUGCUCAUGAAGCGGAUUUGCGUAAUGUUGGUGGCAUGCUUGAUGCUUUGCGUGUUAUCUGGGCUCGAGAUGGGUUCAAGGGUUACGCCAGAGGGCUAACGCCCCGAGUGCUGACCAUCAUGCCUAGCUCUGCUCUCUGUUGGAUGUCUUACGAGUUUUUCAAAGCUGCGAUUAGAACUGACUCAUAG